AAGCUUGCAAAAGGCUCAAGACAUCCGAGCGGAAGUGGGAAGGCCCCGGAGCUUCCGCUGACCUCAGCGCCAUGUCGGGCGGGCCCCACAUGACCAUGGACUCCGGCGUGCGCCACUUCCACGGGGCGAGCAACUAUGACGGCAUCAAAGAGCGGAACGUCAUGGUGGACGUAGACGGGGAGAUGGUGGAGGUUGAGAUCGACCCCAAGUACGGGCCAAGGAUCUACAAGGUGGACGGCAGCCCCCCGGGGCCCAACGACUUCUUCAGCCUACCCCGAAGCGCACGGUCCACCCUGGACAUGUCCACCUACAACGGCCACGAUAAGGACUGGACUUUCUACACCUCCACUGAGCGGAACAUUUGUGUUCUGCAGGCAGCCAAGAUCAACAAGUGCCGAAGGGCGCUGGCUAUCCAAAGGAAUGCAGAGUGAAGCUUCAGAGACUCCAAAGCUGAGUGCGAAGCGAAUCGGCAAGAUGCCGCUUUUCCAGAAAGGCGAAGAAA